AUAGUACAUAGCACUAGCUUUAAAAAGCCUCUAUUUCCUAAUAGUUGCUUAAAAUUUUAUUCGCAUUUAUUUAUCGGACAGAGUAAUUAUUGCAUGUACGGCAAAGCACACUAAACGCAAAAUGUCAGCGGAAAUAAAAGAAUAUAUCCGCUAAGUCGUGUGUUUCUCUCAGCAUCGUGUAUGUGACACUAAUGAGGAAAUGGCACGGGUGUAUACAAGUUACGUUUUUGCGUGCAGGAAUUUACAGACGGUUCAACGCUCGCCAUCGAGACAUCGCCCAUGUCAUUCAGAAAGAGAUGGAAAUAGUGAUUAUUUUCAAGGAAUCGGUCGUUUUAAAUUCGUUUACUGAAAGCUUAAUACUUUCCGGGGGCGUUUAUUAUCCUGUUUCUGCUGGAGUACAUAAGUGGGCCGAUGUCUAUAUGCAGUAUACAGUAUAUAGGCUGAUCUGUACGUUUCAGCGUUGUAUGAUCGCUGGCGUUGCUCUUUAACACCUACCCUGUGUGUUUUAUAUGUACAAAACAAAGACAAUUGUCAACGAUUUAUGUGACGGAGAAGUUAUGUAGGCUAUGUUACAGUUACUAUUUAGAUUGCCUAUUUGUAUUUGUGAUGUCAUCGUAAUUGCAUUAUUUGCUUUGAAAUGUAAUAACUUUAAACAUGCAGUUAAUAUCGUAUGUUUUACACGUUUUAAAAUGUUGGUUAUUUUUAAGAGGCUGUUUUAAUAUUAAAAUGAUCUUGGGGUCGCCAACUCUUACGCAUCAGUGUGACACUCGUGCUUUCAGAUUCUAACGCUCAUGCAAGAAAUCGUUCGGCAAACCUGUAUUAUUCCAUUAUAAACAGAAAAUUAGCUACAUCAAAAGCGCUGGGGUAGUUCGCAAACCCUACAGACGAUUUACAAUAUAAUGAUACUAUUACAUACAUGUAUAGCCUAUGUAUGCGCAGCCUUCUCUGGAAUUGAAAAUCUGGCGGCCCUGUAAAUUAUCUGCUUUUUACAGAACAUUAUAUAUGAUCCACCUAAACAUCUGCACAGUUUAUAACACAACUCAUUUACCGUAACAAAACAAAAGUUUACCUACAUAAAUCUUUUAGCAGAAAUAAGUGCGCUAGCUAUUAUUAUUAUUAUUGUUGUUAGAGAAAUAUACAUUAUUAUUAUUGUCAUUUUGUUAGUUACCAUACUUGAAAACAACGCCCUGCAGCAGCCUUAUCUUAAUUUAGCAAUUCUGAAUUCGCAUAGCAGUUCUGAAGAAACUGUCGCUUGAAUAUUUCCAUCCCAUAUAUGGUGAUAAAUAAUGCUAAAUGUCAUUUGCAUCUCCUGUUUGUGUACCUCAAUAUAAGAGACUGCGAGGGGAAUUCCACUUUCGAAGUUGGCUGUGUCCGACUGAGAGGCUGACACCUCGAUGUCAGGACCGGACUUCCCUUGCAGCAAGUAAAAGAUCGUUACAGCUGUCCGUGUUGUUUUCAGAGACUGGUUGGUUUUCAGCAGAUAUCCAGGAAGAUACUAUACAAAAGAAAAACCUCAGAUGGACGCGAAUGGCAGCCUUGGACCGGCUUCAAUCCCUACUAGAUACCAGAUUGUGGUGAAAAGUAACACAGACAAGAAAGGUUUCUCCUCAGGGACCAAGAGGUUCAUUUCUAAGGAUGUCCAGAGUGACACUCCAGGACCAGGCUCCUACAUUUCCCAGCAGUCUGCAGACCUCAUCAGCCCCUCAUUCUCCACGAAGGGCACCGGCGGUUUCGCAUCGCAGGCCGCCCGUAUGCCUCGUCCCCCCCGCCGUUGCACCCCCGGGCCCAGUGUCUACAACCUUCAGGCUUCCCUGCUGUCCAAGUUCAGCUCCGCCAAGGGCUGCACCAGAGUCUUCUGUAUGCCCAUAGCCGUGAAGGUGGAAGUCCCGCAGAAUCAGACGCCUGCUCCCAACCAGUACCAUGUUUCUUUUAAUGGGGUUGAGAGGAACAGCACUGUAUCCGCCCGGUCUUCAUUUGUAUCGAAGACCAGCAGAAGCGGCCUGCACCACGCUGUAGAAGGUCCAUCUCCAUGUCAUUAUGCUGUAAAUGAUGCCCUAACCAAGACGCCCCCUAAGGUGCCCGUCUCCUGCUUUAAGUCUGGAUCCAGCCGUAUUCAGCCCCCAGUGAUCAGCCAAGCCCCAGGGCCGGGAACCUAUAAACCAAACCAGCCCCCUGAGCCCAUUAAGAGGACCAUUUUCCCGAAGAAGCACUACUUGGUAUUGGCUGCCUCGGCUGUGCCCAUGCCAAAGACCCCUCCCCUCCCAGGGCCUGGCCAGUACAACAUUGUGGACUACAAAGGCCCACACAGAAAGUGCAUGUCUAGUGCAGUGUUCAUGUCAGGGACAAGUCGAUGGAUCGGAGAAACAGGCAGAGAUGGACUUCCUGGGCCAGGUCUCUACGAUCCCCGGAUACCUGCAAAGCAGUCGUUUCUGUACAACAUCUCCAAGAGAUGGAUCCCUGCAUGAAGAUCAGUCUCUCCUUCUAUAUGUUUGCGUGUGACUUACGGUGGAGAAGACGAGAUGUACGUGUGACAUCCAAUAAACUGGUUACAGUGAAGAGACAAGUUCAGUGCUUAUAAUUAGAUUUCUAAA